CUUCCCCUGCCUCCGAGGAUCCUGCAUUCACACGGGUGUUAUCACAAUUUCUUGUCGAAGGUGCUGGUAGGGAAACGUCAUGACUUUUAAAAAUGACACAGCUCCCUGCCUCAAGCUGGGUGUCGCCUCAUGGUUCCCCUUCACUCUCAUCUCUGUGACGGGGCCGCCCUACAAGGUGACGGGUGCCAUCGCUCAGGUUAUGGAAAUAGUCGCCCAUAAACUUAACUUCUGUAUAGAGUACGUGGUACCUGAGGACAAGCUGUUUGGCUCGCAGCUCCCCAACUCCUCCUGGACGGGUCUGAUGGGGCAGCUCACUCGCGGGGAGGUGGACAUGACGGGCGUGGUAAUGUCUCUGAGUGAUGAGAGGAACCAGGCCAUAGACUUCAGCGUGCCACUCUACAUGGACGCCAGCAAGCUCGCAUAUAAGAGACCGGUCCUGGAGUCCGAUAUCACCGGAUUUGUCAAACCUUACACUAACAGGAUGUGGAUGUUGUUGGUGCUGACGGUGGUGGGGGUCCUGGUCGCCACCUUCACCCUCAUACAGUGUCGACACCGCCUCCUGUCCCGCCCCAGAAGUCGCAGCAUUAACGAGAGCGACAGCUGGGGUGUAUUGGCGGGAGAAAUACGACACAGUGACAACACAGUGACCAACGCCUGGUGGACCUCCAACGUGUGGAUCCUAACAACACUCUUGGCUCAGGCACUACCUCGGUGGCCCCAGGGAGACUCACUGCGGGUCAUGACGGGGGUCUGGUUGUUGAUGGCCUUUAUCGUGGGCACCGUUUACCGCUCUAACCUGAAGGCCAUGUUGAUCCUGCCCAGGCUUAAACUGCCCUUCAACAACCUGGAGGAGCUCGUUGAUACCGACAUACCCUGCUUCGUCAACCUGGGCACUGCUCUUUAUCGUUAUGUAGAGACAGCAAAGCCGGGGUCGACGCUGUACAAGUUAAAGCGUCAGGCGGUGAUUCACACUAACCUGCCUCUGGCCGUCAAGAACCUGUUGGUGGGCACCGAAGCGGCCUUCUCCACCGAAAACGGAAUUCUCUUCAUCAUCCACUCUCAUUUUGCUCAGACGAAGACGUGCCCUUUAUACUUGACGGACGAGACUUUCUAUACCACCAGUGUCAGCCUCGCUUUCCCCAAGGGUUCCAACCUCCGCCAAAAGAUAGACCCAAUUGUUCAGAACCUAAACCAAUUCGGGAUCUUGAAUCGCCUGUUAAUGAACGGUGUUCGUCACGCCCGAGAGUGUCUCAAGUCAGGAUCCUCCGCUAAACAGAACAACAGCCUCCGACCCCUCGAACUUGGAGACUUCUAUGGUGUUUUCUCUGUUUAUGCAGGAGGAAUAUUACUGGCAGGUAUCGUGUUUCUUCUGGAGCAGAUUCGAAGGACCCAGCCUCGUACCGCCUCGCAUGAACUUCACUAAGUUCGUCUGAACAUCAUUGGGUGCUACUAUAGCAUGCGGUCUACAAGAUAUUUAGUGAUCGCUGGGCACCUUGUAGUGUACCCCAUCCCCUACAAGUGACGACUGAGCUCCAGCGCGCCUACCAGCCAAUCAGCGUACAGCCAGCGAUGCUGGUAGACCUACUCUCCAGUGCAGUCGCACACGUAGCAAUGCUAGGACCAGAGUACCAGGGAUUCCUGGCGUCCUCCUCUGUGAUUGGCUCUCACGCUACACGCACCCCAAAUCCUGAUGUUUCUAAAUUGUAUAAAUACGGCCGUGGCU